CUUUUUUUAUAAGUGAGGUGGGGGAGGGAAAUACUAUCCAAGUAAAGAAGUUUUACUCCUUAACGAUUACGAAGCGACCAAGGAUUCCUCAGCGAAGAAGUGAUCCCAGACUAGUUUAAUGAACCCUUUCGAAUAGCAAAAAAAAAUUGAGUGAAGCUUUCUGCUACAUUUUUUGCCAGUGACUACCCCCUCGCAUUUGUCAGUUGUGUAUCACUUAUUUUGAGAUUUUAAUUUUGACUCAGAGAUGCAAUAUUUCGAUUGAAAAUAUGGUCACUUUAUUUGUGGUAAUAACUGGAAUGCCAGGCACUGGUAAAACGACAAUUGUAAAGCGAAUGGUCAAUGAAUUAAUUGCGACCAACAAUCGAACUUCAGGAUUUUAUACAGAGGAAGUAAGGAAUGACCGAGGAAAUCGUAUUGGAUUCGAUAUUGUCUCAUUGAAUGCUACCAAGCGAGGAAUUCUCGCAAGAAACGACCAAACAUGCACCACUUUCAAGCACAAAGUCGGAAACUAUACCGUCGACACAUCCUCUGUGGAUGUUUUCCUCCGACCGAUUCACGAAACUCUUAAUGCUACGGACAUCCUUGUCAUUGAUGAAAUCGGAAAAAUGGAACUGAAAAGUGUUUUCUUUACGAAAUUUGUUACGGACGUGGCUAGAGCUACCGACCAUUCGCUAAAGAUUGUUGUUGCAACGGUUCCCGUCACUACGACGAUUCCCAUAGUCGAAGAAAUCAAAUCUCAUCGGAACAGUAAAUUGUUUACAAUCACGAAACUGAAUCGAAAUGCCAUUUACGACGACAUCAAAAAGACAGUCGACGGUCAUCUUAUUAACGCUUCGGAUGAAUGAAGUUAAAUUAAAUGAAAAUUCAAAGCAAGGC